AGUAGACUGUCAGCCAGGCGCAGCACCACGAGGACUGAGGGAAGAGAGAGAGAGGAAUAAUAGCCGCUUCCUGGACAACCCACAAUAAAUUCUUUAUGUGGAUACAAUGUAACCAAAAGUAAACUUGUUGUUUUUGGAACUACCGCUAAUGAUCCGAGAGCAGAACUAUAUUCCACUGUGGUAAAAGUAAUUGUGUCGCUUUCUAAAGUUUUUUUUUUUUUACAUUAGUUGACUGCUACGUUCACAAUGCCAGUUAAAACCCGUGCUCACUGCUGUUGAGAUCUUUCUACAGUACAGAAACGCCUCUAGAAUUGGUCGUUCAAGUUGAAAUCUUGAAGAUUAUCCGUUUGGUUUUGAAGUCAGCCGCUAGUGCUUCAACAAUGGAUGAGCAAGUUUUACUUCCACAUAUAAACAUGACUGAAGAAGAAUAUCUGGAAGCCAACAUGGGACCACAACAAAUAACAUUUGUAGUGGUAGUGCCCAUUACAGUUGUGUACGUUCUCAUUUUUGUCAGUGGAAUAAUUGGCAACGUCAUUGUCUGCUUAGUUGUCACGAGGGACUCCCACUUCCAGACACCGACCAAUUACUACCUGUUUUCUCUAGCCAUUUCCGAUUUACUCAUUUUGUUAUUUGGAAUUCCAAACGAUCUAAAACUUUACUGGCAACAGUACCCCUGGCUGCUAGGAGAGACAGUAUGCAAAUUACGAGCCAUGGUGGCCGAGAUGACAAGUUAUGCUUCAGUACUGACAAUUGUCGCAUUUACCACUGAACGCUACAUCGCUAUAUGCCAUCCUCUAAGUAUCCAGACCUUAUCUUCUCUUUCCAGAGCGAUUAAGAUAAUUACGGCUGUGUGGAUUGUGUCAUGCAUUAGUGCAAUACCGUUUGCUAUCUUCACCAAAGUGAACUACGUGGAGUAUCCUAAGGGAUCGGGGAACAAUCUUGAAGGAUCUGCCUUUUGUGCGCUUCCAAUGGAAAGUAAUGAUGUCAGUUUGCCUCUUCUACAAUUCUCCAUCUUUGCCUUUUUCAUCCUCCCGAUGUCAUUGAUCAUUAUUCUGUAUGUAAAAAUAGGACUAACACUGCGAAACUCACGCUUCAAUCGCGUAUCAUCUGGGGAAUCUUCAAAACACUCAUCUACUGGCGUUGACUCCAGAAAACAUCGUGGUCGUCGAUCGGUGCACAAAAUGUUAGUGGCUGUUGUUAUCGCCUUCUUUCUUUGCUGGGCUCCUUUUCACGUUCAACGUCUACUUGUCGUUUAUGUCCAUAGGGAACAAUGGACUAUGAUGUUACGUACCCUGAAUGAGGUUUUGUAUUAUCUUGGUGGUUGCCUCUACUAUUUUAGCGCCACCAUAAACCCUAUUCUAUACUCUUUGAUGUCAGAAAAAUACAGAGAAGCAUUUAAGGCGGCUUUAUGCUCUUCAUCAAAAGAGAUUCGUCCCAGAGACCACUCGACUUUUCGGGAUCCACGUCGUCCGAGCCAGAACACCCUGGGUCCCAGCGAGCGUCAUUUUUCAAUACGGAGUGAGCGCAAAUUCAGCGAAGAAGGUAAGAUUUCAGAAGACAAAUUACGUACCAGUGCCAGUGAAACCAACCUUCUACCAACAAAUAAACACAGGCGAUUGAGUUGUGGCCGAAACUUUGUUUCAACAGAAAAUAAAAUACCGGCUACAUCUCCAGAUAAUACCAAAGAACCUGAGAAAGAAAUGUCAGUUCAUGAUGACAAAGAAGCGGAAGCGAAAGAGGAUACAUUUUUAAAUAAUAAUCGCAAUGGCGUCAGCUUGGGCCUUGAACUUCCAGUCUCAGCAGGAUCUUCCAUUCGAAAUGACAUAACUUGUUCGCACAUUUCUGAGUAUCAAAAUGGUAAAAUCAAACAUAAAAAGUGUCAUGUGAGGAAAUACGGUGGUAUAAACAUACCGAACAUUCUUGUGACAAAAUAUGAUUCUGAAAAAUGUAGCAUUGAACAACUAUCGGCGAACAACAGAAAAAUGUCAGAGCUGUUGUAAAGAACAUAAAAACAAGAAUUCCAGACUUAAAUAUCACAACACGCUUGAUGUUUAAUAGCAGUUAUAAAAAUGUAAAUAUGAAUCAAUAAAAUUGAAUUUCACUUAAAA